AUAUUCAAUGUAUAAAUUUAGUAAUAGAAUGAGAACAAAAAGAGGACGAAAAAGGAGCAGUUUCCUCCCCCUCGGAUCCUCUCUCCCUAAACCCUAACCUCAAAGUGGAAAUUCGUCUCAAGACAUGGCCUCAAAGCAUUUCACAAUAUUCAGUGUGUUCACAAUAUUGUUGGUUAUACUCGAUCCAUCACCAGCUUCUUCAAUUUCAUCGUCUUCCAUUUAUGAUGUUCUCAACUCUCAUGGGCUCCCUGUUGGUCUUCUACCAAAGGGAAUUACCAAAUUUUCAAUAGAUCCUGCAUCAGGUCGCUUUGAGGUACAUCUGCCGCAGUCUUGUGCCGCCCAAUUCGAAACCCAUUUACGUUAUGAUAGCACCGUAUCUGGAACCCUCAAUUAUGGUCAAAUUUCCGACAUUUCUGGUGUUGCCGCUGAGGAACUCUUCCUUUGGUUCUCUGUCAAAGGGAUCCGUGUCGAUAUUCCCAGUUCUGGCUUGAUUUAUUUUGAUGUUGGUGUUGUUUCUAAGCAGUUUUCCCUUUCCUUCUUCGAGACCCCACGUGAUUGCACCAUUACCAACGAUGAGAAUCUCUUUUUGUUCGACAACGGUGGACCAAUUGUGGAGAAUCUAUCAAGGAAGUUGAUUAAAGAGCGUCAGGGAAAGAGCAAGGCCAGAGCUGUAUCCUAAAUUGGAGAGAAAGAAAGCUUGGUCAAGGAUAAGGACAUGUUGAUGAAUUACUGGUUCUUCCUCAAUGAGCAUAUUUAAGAGUCCAUUUUCUCCUUUGUGUGAUUGCUAUAUCUGACAUUCACAUCAUAUAUUUUCCCCAUAAUGCUUCAGCAUACCAAGUGUUUUGGCAAUGUUUGUUGAUAUGGAGUACUUCAAGUUAAUGGUAACCUGGUUCCUACAGGUGAUGUAUGACACUAUAUUACUGAAUUUGCAGAUGUAUAGUUGUUACAA